AUGGUACGACGAACGCAAACGAAUCACAAUGUCGCGCAUACCGCCCCCUCGUCGAUCGCGAGCUCGCCCACGGCGAGGGCUACGCCCGCGUUCAACGCGGUUGCGCGGUAUAAUAGCAACUUGAAAGUGCUGAGGCGCCUCGACCCUCACAUACAAUCCAUAUUCGAUCAGUUCACCCAUGUCUGCCUCUACCACUACGUUGACGGCCGAUGGGAGAAGCGCGGCUAUGAGGGGAGCAUGUUUUUGUUUGAGAGGGACGUCUUCCCGCCGUACGGUUUCUGCAUCCUGAACAAAGAGGGUCCGGAGGAUCACGUCCAGUACCUGUACCCCGAGGACAACUUCGAUGCGUACGGGAACUACGUCGUCAUCCAGUCGUACCCUUCCUUCACCGAUAAGCGGCUGGCGGACCUGCGCGCGACACAUGCUCCGGAAGAGCUGGCAGACUUGUUUUCGGCCAUAUGGAAGGUACCAGACCACAUCAAGAACAACACGCAGAAGGGGCCACCGACGGUCAUUUCGUUAUGGAUCUUUGGCACGGAGCAGCGGGAGUCGAUGGACGACGUCAUGUCGAGGUUAUACAGGCAUGUUAAGGAGCAUAAUCGGUAUCCGGAUGAGUGUCGCUAUGGCCCGGAUAACCCACCUCCACUCUUGGUUCGGCCUGUCAAUGAUAGUGGCUCAGAAGCAUCCGACUCUUCGCCCUACUUGAGAAACGCGGAGGCCUCUCAGUCCAUGACGAACCUGGUGCCCAAGCGGCCAGAAGUUACGCGCGCGCCACCGUCCGCCAUCGAUGGUCUCUUCUCGAACAUCAAGCGUGGUGGCCCUCCGCCGGACGCUCAAAGUGCGCCAGCUGGACCCCCUCGAGCGGCUGCAGGCCCCUCCGCAGCACGAGCCCCUCCAACGAAUCCGAAGGCGCUAACCAUUGGUGACAUCCUCGCCAAGAUGGGCGCAAGUAGCGCAGGGAAUGGCCCGCAGUCGCCAUCGAUCAAUGGUGAGGCGAGUCCCAUGUCGGGCAAGUCGCUGAUGGACACAUUCUUCCCAAAUGCGAACCUCGAGGCGGGUCCGUCGACUAGCGCGCCAGCGACGACGGUGCCACCAGCGUCGAGUGAACCGCAGGGCACUGCGAACGGCAACAGCGCGCGUGUGCUCACGAACGAUGUCAUCUCGACUCUCCUGCGCGGUGGGCGUAUGCCUUCAGCGGUUGCAGCCUGGGAACGUCGCUCGCAGUCGCGUAGCUCCAGCUCGCACUCGAAUGAAGGCGAUGAUGAGGAGUCGGACGACGUCAACGACAAUGCGCAGCUUAGCUUCGACGAUGGCUACGAGUACUCCGAGUCCAGCACGGUGCUCGACGAGAUGGAGGCCGAUGGCGAGGAGGUCGUGUAUGCCGCGGACAUCCGUAUCAAUGGGCAUUCGGCGCCUCAUAGCGAAGAUGAUGACGAGCCGGAGGCAGCGCAGCACGCUAGCAACUCGCGUACUCGUAACGGCAGGCGCAUCCAAGGGGACAUGACGCCCCGGCCGCCUCUCAUGCCCACCCCUCCGCCAGAGAUGGCGCCGGCAAUGUCGUCAGAGUCGAACGCUACAAUUCGAGCGCAGUCGCUCGUGCCCUUCCAGGAUGACUCCGAGUUGUGGCCGUACGAUCCACCUGCUGAGGGCGAAGCUCCCGACGACGGCGACGAUAUCAUCGAGCUCGACUUCUCGGAGACCGCCGCGCUCAGCGACCCGGAUGCCCUAUACGCCAAGAAGCAUCCCUCCUCGACCAACGGCCAAGGGACUGAUGCCAGCUUCUCCGGUAACAGUACCAGCGGGGGCGGAAAAAAGAGUCGCAGAGAACGCGCGCGGGCUCGGGACCGAGCGGAGCGCGAGCACAUCGAGCGGACGUGGGAGAUGCCGCCGUCCGCGUCGGUUCCCGCACCCGAGGCGCCGCCGAAGGCGACAACGAAUGGGAAAGGAAAAGCCCGCGCAGAGGCCGGCGAGGAGUCUGGGAGUGGCAAGAUGAACACGAACGUCCUGAAGGACGCUAUCCUAGCGCAGGCGCAGGGUCGGCUGCCAGCCCGGCUGAUGGAGCAGAAGGAGUUUACUACGGAGGUCCUAUCAUUAUUCUAUACCAACAAGGAGUUUGUGGACGACCUGUAUAACGACUAUUAUGCCCGCCAAGGCCACAGCAACUAG